AAAAAAGUAUGGUUUUUGUAAAUGUGUUAAAAUAUAACUUCCAGGAGAGAAUGCACUAGCCACAGGGUGUACAGGUCUAUGAAUUCUCACAAGGCCAAUAAUGCAGGUUGACCACACUGGUCUGGAGCUAGGUUUGAACCCCCUAUGCCUCUCCAUUUUGCCAGCCUGGCAGCUGUGUUAUGCUCUGGAUGUUGUAUAGGUGGCCAUGUGGGGCUCUUCCUGGCUGUGGUGUCCUCAGUGCCCCAGAGCCUACAGUGCAGUCACUCAUUUUUAGGCUAAGAGUGAUGGCGCCUCAUUGGGUGUCCAGGUGGCCGUGGUGGCUCUUCAGGGCCUCUCCAGGAUGGAGGCAGACAGCCUGUACUCUCAGAGCCUGGGUGGAGCCAAGAAGGUGGCCGGGCAGCUUUCAGGGGGCUGGGGUGGCCAGCCCCCUGGCCCGAAGAGGCUGCUCCUCAACGUCUUCCCGCCUCCCUGCGGUGGUGCUGACCCAGGAGCGCUGUGCUGUGCAGCGGCUUCCGUUCUCCACCGUGUCUGAGGAGGACCUGGCCGCCUUUGAAUGCAUCAUCCCUGGCAGGGUCACUACAGACCCAGAGGAACUGGAGGCUCACAACGUGGACUGGCUGAGGACGCAUCGCGGCUGUAGCAAGGUGCUACUGAGACCCAGGACGUCACAGGAGGUGUCCCACAUUCUCAGGCACUGUUACAAGAGGAACCUGGCUGUGAACCCACAGGGGGGAAACACAGGCAUGGUGGGGGGCAGCGUCCCUGUCUUUGACGAGAUCAUCCUCUCCACUGCCCUUAUGAACCAGGUCGUCAGCUUCAACAGUGUGUCUGGGAUCCUGGUGUGCCAGGCAGGCUGUGUGCUGGAGGAGCUGAGCCGCUACGUGGAAGAGCAGGACUUCAUCAUGCCACUGGACUUAGGAGCCAAGGGCAGCUGUCACAUCGGGGGAAAUGUGGCAACCAAUGCAGGCGGCCUUCGGUUUCUUCGAUAUGGCUCUCUGCAUGGGACAGUCCUGGGCCUGGAAGUGGUGCUUGCCAAUGGCACCAUCCUAAACUGCCUCACCUCCCUGAGGAAGGACAACACGGGCUAUGACCUGAAGCAGCUCUUCAUUGGGUCGGAAGGCACCCUGGGGAUCAUCACUGCAGUGUCUAUCCUGUGUCCACCCAAGCCCAAGUCUGUGAACGUGGCUUUUCUCGGAUGUCCAGGCUUUGCUGAGGUUCUGCAGACUUUCAGCACCUCCAAGGGGAUGCUUGGUGAGAUCCUGUCUGCCUUCGAGUUCAUGGAUGCUGAGUGCAUGCAGCUGGUUGGGCGCUACCUCCACCUGGCCUGCCCGGUGCAAGAGAGUCCAUUUUAUGUCCUGAUUGAGACCUCAGGCUCUGAUGCAGGUCACGAUGCUGACAAGCUGGGUGGCUUCCUGGAGCACUUGCUGGGCUCGGGCCUGGUAACCGAUGGGACUUUGGCAACUGACCAGAAAAAAAUCAAGAUGCUGUGGGCCCUGCGGGAGAGGAUCACGGAGGCACUGAGCUUGGACGGCUGCGUGUACAAGUAUGAUCUCUCCCUCCCUGUGGAGCGGCUCUACGACCUCGUGACGACCCUGCGUGCCCACCUUGGCCCAUGUGCCAAGCACGUGGUGGGUUAUGGCCACCUGGGGGACGGCAACCUGCACCUCAAUGUGACAGCAGAGGCCUUCAGCACAUCACUCCUGGCUGCCCUGGAGCCCCACGUGUACAAGUGGACGGUGGACCAGCAGGGCAGUGUCAGUGCUGAGCAUGGUGUGGGCUUCAAGAAAAGGGACGUGCUGGGCUUCAGCAAGCCCCCUGAGGCCCUGCAGCUCAUGUGCCAGCUCAAGACCCUGUUGGACCCCAGGGGCAUCCUGAACCCUUACAAGACACUGCCCUCCCGGGCCUGAAGGGCCAGCUCUCUGUGCCUGAGGGGUGCUCAGGGUCAGUGGGAUGCAGGACCUGCGUGGGACAGGCACACAGGGCUGGCAUGGCUUGAGACCCCUGGGCUGUAGCAUGUGUGGGAGCUUCCUGUUCCUGCAGUCUGGGGAUGGGCAGUGCAGAGCCUGUCCCUCCUCUGUGGGUGGUAGGUAGCUGUGCCCCUCAGAAACAGGCCAGGUCUCACCUACUUCAUGGUGGACCCUGGAGUCCCACCUUGUCUGCCUUAUCCCUCGCAGACUGGUGCCCAGUGGAUGUCCACCUGUUUGCACACUACAGUGGGAGCCCCAGCACUGAGGCUCUGAUGAGUGGACCUGGUCCUUCAGGUUGUAGGUGUUUUAGGAUUGCACCUAAACUUAUAGGCCAGAGUGGCAGGCUGUGUCAGUUCCCCAUUUUUAGAAGGCCUAUCAGUUGGGAGGACUUUGUCGGCAGUGUAGUGUGGUGGGCUCCUGUGGCACUGAGGUCAGCCCUCAGGUUCUGCUGCUGCAGAGAGUGUUUGGGAGCUGUGGGCACCAGGCACCAGCACAAACAGGACAAGACUCCCAGGGGGAUUCUGCAACAUCAGCGACCCUGACCUGGGCGGACCCUGUUUACCUAUGGCCACAGACCAUCUCCUGGCUGUCAUGAAUUUCCAGUAAAAAUGUGAAUUAACCAUA